CAAACUCGAUCCUCCUUCUCCACUGGAAAAGGCUGCCAGGAUCGGAGGCCAUGCUACAGACUAGUCGACUGUCAGUGCAGUGGUAAUAAAAAUUAAAUAAAAUGCCGGUUGUAGCUUGACACUUUCGAAGUUUUGUCUGAAGCCAGGGAGAAAAAGCUGGUAUCGAGUUCCUGUUCGGCAAGUCUGAGGGGUGAUCUGGGAUCAAAGUUCAAGAAUGUGUGGCAGGACUGCAUGUGCCUGCGAGCCGGAAGCAGUGGCGCGGGCGUGCACGUACCGCAGCAAGCGCACGGGCAAACCGCGUCAGCCGCGAUGGGUGAACGGCAAGAAGAAGGGUGACGUGGGCCGGGCCGCGGGCCGAGCUCGCUACUAUCCAUCGUUCAACGUGGGACCGUCCACGUACAUGCCUGUUCUUAUCUCUGGUGAUCAUCCCCACUGCCGGACACCAGCUGCAUCCACAUCCAGCACCGCCGCCGCCGCCACCGCCGCCACCACCACCACCAGCAGCACUGGCGCUACGGAAUCACAGCCCGACGUCUUGGCUAGCUGUCGUGGCGAGCGCGUUCUGCAGACCAUGCGCUGGGGUCUGGUGCCGUCGUGGCACAAGGGAGAUCCGGACAAAUUCGGCACCAUGCUCAACAACAGCCGCUUGGAAGGCAUCCAGGAGAAGGCCUCGUUUCGCAAUGCACUGAAGCGAGGCCAGCGGUGUGUCAUUGUCUGUGAGGGUUUCUAUGAGUGGAAAACGUCCGGCAAGACCAAACAGCCGUACUUCAUGACGUUCAGCAGCUCUGAGGCGGGCGUUAGCGACGACGAUAUAGCUGCAGCCCAGGAAGCAGCCGUCGCACUGGACGCCGCGGAAGCAUCGCAAAGCGAGGAUGGCCAAAGUGAGGAUCUGCGCGCAAGCGGUGAUGUCGACCGGGCAAGGUUUGCCGAGAGAAAGCCGUCUCGCCUGCUGACAAUGGCUGGGCUGUUUGAUGUCUGGCAUCCACCAGUGGGAUCGGAGCACGAGGCGUCUGGUCCCAUCUACACGUACAGCAUCGUAACCGUCCCGGCGUCCAAGCCGAUUGACUGGCUACAUCAUCGCAUGCCGGCUAUUCUGGACGGGGACGAAGCCAUUGAAAAGUGGCUGAACUUCUCCAGCGUAAAUCUCGAGCAGGCACUGGGUCUCAUUCAUCCUACGUCCGUGCUGAAGUGGCAUCCCGUCACCCAGUCCAUGGGUAACAUUCGCUACAAGAACGCCGACUCGAUAGAUCCCAUUGAUCUGAAUGCCAAGAAGCCGGUGAAAGCCACUGGUCUGACGUCAUGGCUGAAAGUCUCCCCUGCAAAGCGUAAGGCGGAGGAGACGAAGUCCGAAGACGAACCAUCAGCCAAGAAACCUGUGGAGGAGUAAAGCUGAUCGUUAUAAUACCAUUCUCGGUAUUGGUGCUGUAUGCUGCCUCUUCUAAAAUCACACAGCUUGUAUGUCUACCGACAGGUUUUUUUACCGUGUACGGGUGAAAUUCCAAAUUUGCUGAUUGCGCAACACCCGUCUAUGCACUCAGCUUGCCGUAUUUAGCAGGAUGUCGCGGCAAGCCGUUGUUCUGUUACCGAGUGCGUUCGAAACCUUCCAUUGUACUACGAAGCAGUAUCAGGUACUUUUGUAGUCGCUCUGCAGACUGCACGUGAAUCAUUGCUGUCUCGUUGGUCGUCGAAUCCAGCUACACGACUUAGCAGUGCUAUCUGGUGUCCUCCUGAGCCCCCAAGCGAACUAUGCCCUGCUUUGAGUGGACCGUUAUAUUCCGUUCUACUGUAUCUCCGAAACGCUGAGCUGGCAAGGUAGGUCUCAUUCUUCUUGCUCAUGGGAAUGUGCCACUCACCCGUUGAUACUUUUGUGGAGUUCUUCAAUGGUAGCAGCAUCAUUCUGAGAGUGCCUCUGAUAGUUCAUUGCACUUUGCAGCUUUCCGCCAGACUUGGCUUGAUAUGCAGACUACUAAGGUCCUGGCUCUGCUGACUGAGUAUUUGGUUCGGUACCUAGUAUACCUGUCAGUUUCAUCAUUCGCUCACGUGCCCGGUGGGGCAUCGGACCUUGAUCGCCAGUAAUGUUAUAAAUAUAUCAUUAUGUGAAUUGGCACGCACGAUAAUGCAUGUGCUCCCCUUGAAUGUGGCUACAUACUCGGCAUUCACCUGUGACGGCCUGUGUAAGGGUUACAGUCUUGACAUAUCUGCCGCAGUGCAGUACCAACACGCCACACAUUCCCUAUACUAUAGAGUUGUGUGAGGUGCUUUUUAGUUCUUUGAGUAGGGGGGGGGGGAGGGGAGCCUCUCUCUCGUACAAGCGGCCAGAACACAAGUGGCGGGCCCACGAUUUAGUUUUCCAAUUGAUUCUAGGAAAUUUUGUAUGGUUUAGGAGCUACACCCCGGAUGGCUCUGCUCUUGUGCGUACGUUGUAUUGUUGCUUUGAUGCGUGAACUCAACUAUGCUGAUAGCUUUCGCUGUACCUGUUUUUCCUGGUUCAUAUCCUUUCUUACUCUUUUAUGAUUAUGCAGCUAUAACAGGGAGCUGCCUCGGUUGAUAUCGUUUCAUGCCAAUGUCGUUAUCAUUGCUGCGUUCAUGUGCAAUGAAAAGAGCAAAUUAUGGGAAGGCGGUGAGGCUUCAUGAAAGAUUAUGCCGCAUACGGUGUUGGAAGUCUCUGGUGCAUCUGUCUGGUAGUCUAGCUAGAUGCAUUGAUGAAUGUCUGAUGAUUGCUUUGGCCACAUGAAGCCACUGGCAUUGGUUACAGUGAUUCACUGUAACCCACUGAUUCGAAA